AUGGUUGAAGUAUAUUAUCACGAUAACAAAGAUACUAUAGACGAUUUCACAGAACCUCACAACUCAGGAGUUCCAGUCUCAUUAGAUACACUCUCCAAAAUUGGAGUAUUUUAUAGACAAAUUAAAACUCAAGAAGAUUUAGAUAAUUUAGCUACUCAAAGGGAUUACAAGAAUAGAGAUGAAGUAAAUUUAAACCUUGCUGCUUUCAAUAAUGAUAUUAAUGCUUAUAAUGCUAAGAUGCAACAAUUUUAUAAAGAACAUUAUCAUGAGGAUGAAGAAAUUAGAUAUAUUGUAGAUGGUGAAGGUUAUUUUGAUGUUAGAGAUGAAAAUGAUAAAUGGAUAAGAACAAAACUUAACAAAUAUGACUUGUUGAUUUUACCAGCUGGUAUAUAUCAUAGAUUUACAUUAACUGAUGAUUUAAAAUAUGUUAGAGCAGUUAGAUUAUUUAAAGAUGAACCAAAAUGGGAAGCUAUCAAUCGUGAUACUGGUAAAGAAUCAGAAGUUAGAUUAUCUUACGCUCAAUCUAUAGUUGUAUAA